AUGGACCCGAACAUGUUAUCGUACGCGGCUUUCUUGAGUGGCGCUACUCCAUUCGUGCAACCCACUUUCGGCUUUGGUCAAGCCAGCGGCUCGCAACCUUCACAACAACAACCCGAACCCGAUGUGGAUAUCGUGUUGGAGACGCAACCCGAACCGGAGCGAGAGACAUCGAAACGCGGCAAAAGGUCGCAUAAGAAGAAGGAAGCGAACGAACCUCAACGUAAGCAUUCUUACGUUAGUUGGACGAAGGAGAAGGAAUACACGUUGGUUCGGGCGUGGGUCGAUGUUUCGGAGGACCCCGAUAUUGGUAACAAACUUUCAAACGGGCCCGACUUUUGGAAUAGGAUCCGUGCACUCUUUUAUAGCACGUGGGGUAAGGCUGAACAUCGUGACAAAGAUUCCAUUUCUAGCAAAUGGACCGACAUCAACAACACGUGUCACUCCUUCCAAGAAGUGUAUCAACGUAACUACGAUAAUCGCCCUAGCGGAGAAGGUGACGUCGGGGUUUUAACGAGGGCUAUGGAAGAGUACGAGAGAACGAAAAACGAUUUCCCGUACUAUAAGUGUUGGGAACUACUACGAAAAAGUCCAAAGUGGGCGAGCGUAGUGACCAUGACGUCGAGUAGUAGAUGUCAAGCUAAACGAUCAAAAACAUCAUCCUUCGUUGACCCUGAAACACCGACUUCCGAUGCCCGCAAUGUUAAUCUAAAUGUUGUUGUGGAUGUUGAGGAGCAAUUUGAAGAAGAGUUGGCCCGACCGCCUGGUGUAAAAAAAGAUAAGCGAACCAAGAAAAAACUGGUUGAGUCGUCUUCCGAUCUGGAGUUGAAGGAAGAUUUCGAGGAGAUGAACCGUCGUCAUCUCCAAGAUAUUCGAGACCUCGGCCACCAACGUUUAGAGACUAUGAAAGAACGUGUCGCCGAAACCAAAAAGUUUAAUGAGAUGCAAGCGGCGAGUGUUGUAAAAAUCCCGACUAAUCGGCCAGUCACUAAUUAA